AUGGCGAGCAAGUCGAUGACGGCGAACAUGCAGGAUGGUGAGGGGGAAAACUCGCGCAUGUACGGCAUCGACGAUGGUCUUCGCGGCGUUGAUGCUCCAGCCAGUCGUGUGCACAGACCGACAGGCUACUCUAUCCGACCAAAUGCAUAUGAUAUUCAAUACAUGGAGUAUCUGUAUGGCCAUUUGGAAGACAGCCGGCACAUGCGCAUGGCCAUCCAGAGCACUCUUCUGUACUUAUCUCUACGUGCAACCAUCACCACCAACAUCCUGGAGAACGCCUUUCGGUACUUGGAAGGUCGGAUGCAGCCAAUUCCCGGAGAGGACCCUGAGCUAGAAUAUGCGGGCGCCGUUGAUGACUGA